AUUAAGAUAUUCCCCUUGCGCUAAAAAUAGAAGUGAUCGAACGACUAGCUCAAUAGUUCCAGCGUGUAUCGGGGACCGUCAUAUAUAUACAAACGAUCGUAGCUACAGCUCUUUAAAUUACAGAAGUUUGACAAAAUGGACAGUGAUUAUGUAUUCAAGAUUUUGCUCAUUGGCGAUUCCGGAGUAGGUAAAUCGAGUUUGAUGCUAAAUUUUACGGAUGAAUGUUUCACUGAGACAUAUAUAAGUACAAUCGGCGUAGAUUUUAAAAUCCGGACACUAGAAGUUGACGGGAAAACGGUGCGUCUACAAAUUUGGGAUACUGCAGGCCAGGAAAGAUUCAAAACCAUUACAACAGCUUACUACAGAAACGCCAAUGGAAUCUUGAUAAUCUACGACAUCACUGACAAAGAUUCUUUCAAAAACGUCUCCAAAUGGCUGGAAGAUAUUGAUCAUUACUCCAAUGAAAAGGUUUACAAAGUUUUGGUGGGAAACAAAGCCGAUUUACACCCAAAGAGAGCGGUAGAUUACGCCGAAGCUAAGAACUUUGCAGAUACACACAACAUUUCUUUAAUGGAAACAAGUGCCAAAACUUCCAACAAUGUGGAACAACUAUUUGCGACUCUAGCGUCUGACCUCAAGCAUGCCAGUGAAAAUGGCCACAUAAAGGAUGACACGCCCACCAUAACAAUCAAUGCAGGGGGUUCUCACAAAAAGCAAGGAUGCUUCUGUAGUUAAACUAAAAUCCACAAAAACGUCCAUUCUUAACAUUCCAGUGUUUGUUUUCUGCCAGAAGAAACUUACAGAUGUUCCCUCAAUGAUGAACAUAAAGCGCUUUGUUUAGAAUCUUAAAAAUUCUUGUCCGUCUUUUUGUAUUGCUACAAUUUGAAAUAUUCUUGUAUUUUGUUUUUUGUUCCCUGUUUUUCUGAUGACUCCACUUCAAUGAUAUUCAAUGUUCAUUUAACUUUGAAAAUAAUGACUGCAAUAGCAAAAAAAAAGUUACUUCUUGCAGACUUUGACAAGAAGCAUCAAUUACAAUGCUGUGAUACAUAUUUUAUAAUCAUUUCAUUAUGUGCAAUAUCUCUGAGUAUGUUACAUGUACAUAUAUCAUAUUUCAUAAUAUACGAUUGGUUGCGAUCUUAUUCUACAAGUUGUGUGCUUUACAUUCUUUGUCCUUUGCAAAGAUGUUAAUUACAGCACCCAAUUAAAAAAAAGUCAUUCAAUAUCAUAUUUAUUUUGUACACCAUUUUUUGUACUUUUGUAAAAUGAAAUCACAAGCCAUUUGACAACAGUGUACCGGUAAUGGUAGAAAACUAUCAUAUGAAUGAAAGCCAAGACAAAGUCUAGGCAGACAUGUGAUACAAUAUUUUGAUACAUUUGCUUUGAAACGAAUUUACUGAAAUAAAAUGUUACAGAGAA